AACGGCAUUCCUAGAGACCAGUCUUUCCAGCGAAAGGCCGGGUACGUUCAGCAACAAGACAUCCACCUCGAGACAUCCACUGUUAGGGAAGCCUUGCGAUUCAGUGCCAUGCUGCGCCAGCCAGCUUCGGUCAGCAAGCAAGAGAAGUACGACUAUGUUGAAGAGGUGAUUGGGCUUCUGGAAAUGGAGGCCUAUGCGGAUGCCAUUGUUGGUGUACCCGGAGAAGGCUUGAAUGUUGAGCAACGUAAACGUUUGACCAUCGGCGUUGAACUCGCUGCGAAACCCGAUCUCCUCCUAUUCCUCGACGAACCGACCUCGGGCCUCGACAGUCAGACAGCGUGGUCAAUCUCGUCACUGAUCCGAAAACUCUCUGAAAACGGCCAAGCCAUUCUCGUGACAAUCCACCAACCCUCCGCUCUCUUGUUUCAGCAAUUCGACCGUCUUCUUCUCCUCGCACACGGUGGCAAAACAGUCUACUUCGGCGACAUUGGUGAGAACUCCCGCGUGCUCACGAGCUACUUUGAGCAGUACGGAGCAACGCCUUGCGGACAGGACGAGAACCCCGCCGAGUGGAUGCUCAAAGUCAUCGGCGCUGCUCCGGGCGCCAAGGCUGAGAGAGAUUGGCCCGAGACCUGGAAGGAGAGCCAUGAGUGUGCCGAAAUAAGCCGCGAGCUUGAGCGUCUCGAGCAGGGCGCGGCGACUAACAGCUCGACGUCGAGUCCCGAUGAGAUGUCUACUUACGCUGCGCCGUUUCAUGUUCAGCUUGCUUUAUGUACCGAGCGUGUCUUCCAACAGUAUUGGCGGACACCGUCGUACAUUUACUCCAAGUUGGUCUUGUCUGGUGGCACGAGCUUGUUCAUCGGCGUAUCUUUCUACAACUCACCACUCACGAUGCAAGGACUCCAGAGUCAGAUGUUUUCCAUCUUCAUGUUGUUGGUAGUCUUUGCGUUCCUGGUCUACCAGACGAUGCCCAACUUCAUCCUGCAACGCGAGCAGUACGAGGCGAGAGAACGCGCCUCUAGGGCAUACUCUUGGUAUGUGUUCGUGCUCGUGAACAUCAUCGUCGAGCUGCCCUGGAACACUCUGGCUGCUAUCGUAAUCUUCUUCCCAUUCUACUAUCUCGUCGGCAUGUACCGUAAUGCCAUCCCAACGGAUGCGGUUACGGAACGUGGUGGCCUCAUGUUCCUACUCAUCUGGGCCUUCAUGCUCUUCGAGUCGACUUUUGCCGACAUGGUUGUCGCUGGUGUGCCGACAGCAGAGAUUGGCGCGACUCUCUCUCUUCUACUCUUUGCCUUGUGUCUGAUCUUUUGCGGUGUCAUUGUACCGGUAAACGCCCUUCCAGGUUUCUGGAAGUUCAUGUACCGCGUCUCACCCUUGACCUACCUCGUUGAAGGCCUCUUGUCAACGGGACUAGCACACAACAACGUAAACUGCUCUCGACUCGAGCUACUGCAGUUCAGUCCAGCGAAUGGAACCGCAUGUGGUGAUUAUAUGGCCCCGUAUAUGCAAAUGGCCGGCGGCAGUGUCUUCAACCCCAACAGCACCGACGUCUGUCAAUUCUGCCCUCUGGCUACGACAGAUGCUUUCUUGGCUACCACUUCUACCUCAUACGACAGGCGAUGGCGAUCGUACGGGCUGAUGUGGGUCUAUAUCAUCUUCAACUUGUUUGCAGCUUUGUCGCUGUAUUGGCUGGCCCGGGUGCCGAAGAAGCACUCAAUCACCCAACUUUGGAAGAAGGAGUCUUUCUAA